AUGGACAUCCUCCGAGAAGCCAGUCUCGGCUGUCCCGCCGACCUUCUCCAGCGGGGCCCUCCUGUGGCCGCCGUAUUCAAGGAUGUCUAUGCGGCGUGGGUGCCUGCUUGCCGGAGAGUGACUGCCAACACCUUCAGCAGCGAGCUCACCGAGCUCGUGGCAAAUACCAUGCUCGUCCAGCGCAUCAGCAGCAUCAACGCGGUGAGCGUCAUGUGCAAGGAGAUUAACUUGGGCGCCGACGUGGAUGACGUGAGCCCAGCUGUUGGGAAGGACGAGAGACUGGGGUCCAAACUCUUGCAGGCAGGCGUCGGGUUCGGCGGCUCGUGCUUCGAGAAAGAUAUCCGGAACCUUGCAUACCUUGCGAAGGAGCUACAUCUCGAUAUCAACGAGGAUCAACGCCAGCGUUUUGCCCGCCGUGUCGUGCGAGAGCUGAACGGGUCCCUACGAGGAAAGAAGAUUGUGAUCUUGGGUUUCACUUUCAAGGAUGGAACCAAUGACACGCGGAACAGUAUUGCCGUUCACGUUAUCAAGGAUCUAGCAUCCGAGAUGCGGCAGGAGAUCGCCGUGUUUGACCCUGGUUGCGCUGCGGCUGACAUUCUCGAAGAGGUCCGGCGAAUUGGCCUCAGCACUGUCCAGAUGGAGAGGGUGAAGAUCUCUGCCGGCUGGAGAUGGUGCAUUCGAGGGCCCAGUGCCGCUUGCAUUCUGACACCAUGGAGACAGUUCCACGGACGCGGUCUGGGCAAUCGACCAACGAGGCCGGCCAAGACCGCGAAGAGUGGUGCUCAUGUGUUCGCGGCUCGAGGUCCUGACGGUAGCCUGAGGGAGUUGAGCAUCCUCGAGAUAGAAUGA